AAGAAGUAAUUACAAGUAACAGCAAGCCUUGACCCAGACCUGUCCUGACUUAUUAAACUGUCAAGUCAUUUGCCCAGACAGUGUCAAGUGUGGAUGACUUUGGAUAUAUGGUCUAGGAUGCCAAAUAAAACGACAAGUUUUUCGCCUUUCUAAGAAAAACAACAGACAAGUUAACUGGUUGAUGGCCAAAGGUUUUCCCAACAUAUUAAAUCCCUUCAGAGAUCCAGUGUGUUUAUAAGGCGUGUAAAAUUUCUAGUUUAAAAGUUUAGUUGUUUUUUGUGUGUUAAAAUUUUAGACGACUAUUCAUCGGUGUCCAAAGCAUUUAACAAACCUGUAUUACAAAUCGAUAUCAAUCAAUACGCAGAAAUUGCAACUCGCGAGAUAUCCAACACAUCCAUUCCCCCACAAGCGAGGUAGCUCCGGCAUCAACUGUACUAUUCUCGAGAUAUCUAAUACGUCAAACAGUAAAUCUAUAGAGAUCCAACACGCUAUAUCGAGAUAUCUAACAAGUCAUCAGUUCAAUUCUUUCGAGAUCCAUCACCUCAACUGUAGGAUUCUCGAGAUCUUUAACGUCAUCAGAUCAAUUCUCGAGAUAUCUAACACACCAAAAAGGUUAAAUUCUUUAUAGAUCUAACACAUCAACUACCAUUCUCGAGAUAUCUAACUCGUCAACAAUUCGAUUCUCGAGAUUCCUAACACAUCACCAAUUCGAUUCUCGAGUUAUCCAACAAAUCUACGGUUCUCGAGAUCUCCAAACCAUCCUACCCUAACUCACCGUGAAGCAAAUCUCCACACCCAGCAUGACCUCAGCGUGCUGUGAAUUAAGUGCCCAACACACCAUCCUAAAACACAGGUAGAUGGACACCACUUCCAGCAGAACAGCAUCGCACUUUUAGCAGAAGCAGGACACCAGCCACCAUGCCGUCAACAUCCCCAGCCAGCGAGCUGUCGCCCAACACCAUCCGGGUCAAGCUGACCAAACAGAGAUAUGGAGGCCUGGGGUUUCUGGUCAAGCAACGGACGCUCAAGCCUUAUGUGUUGGUGGCGAGCAUUGUUAAAGGGGGCGUGGCGGAGGAGAGUGGACUCGUUCAGAUAGGGGACAUAAUCCUGAGGAUCAACGACAUUGAUUUGACGGACAUGAGUUACCCUAGCGCGGUGGAGGUUCUAAAAGCUGUACCCAUCGACACCCCCGUGGUACUCUUGCUGCGAGGGCCCGAGGGCUACACGACUUUCUUACAGACCACCUUCCAAGAGAACGGUCUCCCCCGGACUGUCCGGAUCACCAAGCCCAUCUACGAGUCCAUCAUGGGACGGCUGAAAAAAACUUUCUCCGGACCGUCCGGUCAAAUCUCUCCGGUCAAGGGGCUGAAGCGCCUCUGUAACGGCGAGCUGGACGGUAAAGGCAAGCAGAUGGACGGGGACACGGACAACGACGCUGAUUCCACCGGCGGUGGAGCGGUGGAUGGCGGUGGAGCGGUGGACGGGGAGUACAGCAACAUCGUGUCGGUGGAGGAGAUGGACCCGGGGAAGGUCAGACACGGCAACGGUAGGGCGGGGCUGGAAAAACAGGAAAACGUCGACGCCAUGAAGAAAUUCUACCCGGGCGGGGAGGCGUCGAAAUUUUUAUUCAAAAACGAAGGCAGGGUGGAGUCCGAAGAAGAGACGGUCUUGGAUAACGGCGCCAUCGGCUCGCCGAAAAUCGUCCUCACUAGCCCCAAGUCUAAAACGACCGGAAACAGGGAUUCUUCCCUCCCGCGCGCGCAGACAUGCGAGUCCGUCGCGAGCGAGAAAAGCAGUUCCGGCGGUUACAAGCGCGCCAUCGAAAUCGUUCAAGACGAUGACGAAAUCACGGUGGUGGUGCGCGGUGACGUCAGCGUGCGCAGCGAAGACUGCUCCUCCACGGACCCCAACACCCCCAGGAGGUUCAUCAUCUCCACCCAGAAACACCCCUGCCAACCCCUCACCCACACCCCCGCCGGCAACAACGGCCACACCCUGGCCAACGACAACACCAACCAGAACAGUAACGGCACGUCCAUGUCGCCCAAGCGUGACGCCGGACUGCCGAAAACCUCCAGCCCGAGUCACUCGACCGGCGGCCGGACCAGUCCGUCCCGCAGUCCGGCGACUAGUCCGACAAAAAC